AUGAGCGCGCCGCCGCCAGGCCUGCCCAACGGCCAAAAUCCGAAUGGCCAGCCAGGCCAGCCUGGGCAGCCCCGACCUCCUCCAAUCAAGCGACGACCCAAAGGCGAUCCCCUCGUUGCUCGCAAGCGACCUGGAGCUCCACGACCGCCUGCUUCGCGUCCUCGUCCAGGCUCGUUGCAAACUGCCCCAGGCGCAAGACCACCUACCGGUGCACCGGGUCACCGUGGCCUCCAACGACCUGAAACCGAAGAAGAUAUCAGAGCCAAAAGAGCGGCAAACGGGGGCUGGCUCGACCCCGCGCCCCAGAAUGUCAGGGAAUUCAAGAUCGUCACGACAAAGAAGGCAUUGAGGGACGGCGUCAGGCAUCACGUCAUGAAACUCUAUUCCGCCAAAGCCGAGCUCGAAAAGAACGGCAUUGAUCCCACAAAUCAGGACGAAUUCACCCGACCUGUCACUCUCCAACGUCGCGAUCCGCGACAACCGCCCCCCGGACGUGAAGUCAAGCACGAAGAGCCAGAGCCACAACCCGUUGACGAGAAGGAGGCUGAGCGUUUGGCACAACUCAAGGCUGAACGUGAGGCUGUUCGAGCUGUGGAACUCGCCAAAAGUGCCCCCAGUCUGAAGGACCCUAGUGCUGAUAAAAAGCCGAAGCCCAAGGAGAAGGAGAAGGAUGUCCAAUUCCAUCGUCAGCCUCGGUCGGAGAAAGAGAAGAAGCAACAGGGACUGCGGUACGAAGAGGCGCUCCCUUGGCAUUUGGAGGAUGCAGAUGGCAAAAAUGUCUGGGUUGGAUCCUAUGUCGCACCUCUGUCGGAGACCACCGUCUGCUUUGUUGCUACCAGAGAUGGCAAAUUCGCGGCGAUACCUCUGGAAAAAUGGUACAAAUUCACUGCGAAGCCUCAUUUCAAUACCAUGAGGCUCGAAGAAGCCGAAGCCCUAAUGAGUAAAAAGACAGACAUCGGCCGAUGGUAUAUGCGCGACAAGCAAAAGAAGAGCGAGCAAGAGGAAUGGGAGGCGACUAGGCAUGCCCUUUACGGCCCUGCGAGAAUCAAGACGGAGAGCAGCACCUUCAGAGCUGCUUCUCGGGAGGAAAAGCAGGACCAUGACGAGAUUGACAUGGAAGGCGACGAGUUCCAGGACGACGACGAGAAUCCCGGCUUAGACGUGGACAAUGACGAGGACACCAAGGAGGCCACCGACCGCAUCCGCCGCGAUCAGAUGGGCGCCAAUCUGUUUGGCGAGGCUGACGAGCGUAGAGUGGAGAAGGAGCUGAACGAGAUGAGGAAAGCCGAGGAGGAGCGCCGCAAAGAGGGAAAGCGUACCACUAAAGCGCUCAUCAAGAGAGAAAAGGAGACUAUCUACCAAUCUGAUUCGAGUGGCUACGAUCCUUUCGAGUCCUCGUCGAGCGAGGAUGAUUCCGAUGAGGAGAAGAAGAAGGAAGAGGACAAGGACAAGGACAAGGAUGAUGAAAACAAGGAAAAGGACGGGGAUUCUAAAGAUAAGGCUGCCUCGGGUGUGUCCCCCAAGGGCAACACUACCCCGUCUGGCCGACAGAAGCACACGGAUGCUCUUAAGAAGGGCAAGUCUUUGAAGCGUCCUGGCUCUCCCAACUUGUCGGAAUCUAGUGGCAACGAGUCCUCUCGGAAGAAGCUGAAGAAGCAUGCUGCGGCUUCCGUCCAUCAGAGCCGUUCGUCUACGCCCUCGGGUGGCUUGAAGAGCAACCUUGGCAAGGGUGCCAUGAGCGACGGAGAAGCCACUGGAGGAGAGAUGUCAGAUGGGCAACUGAGGAAGAAGAAGAUCAAACUUGUUGGCAGUGGAGCGAGAGGCACGCCAGUCGGCUCGAGGGCCGGUAGUCCUGUCCCCGCAGCAGCCGGCUCCAAGCCCGGUUCACCGGUUCCAGAGGGGUCCCCGGCUCCGCGCGGUCCCAUCCAAGCUCAUGAGAUUGUUGACGCCCUUCCGGAGCUUCCUGGUGGUAUCAGCAUUGGUAACCUCAUGAGGAGAUUCCAGGGACGCAUCGGUGACGGGCCUGGUCAGAUGGACCGAAAAGAAUGGAUCAAGCUGGUCAAGGAGAAUUGUGCCUAUGGAUCCGACAAGAUUCUUCGCCGCAGACCUUAG